AUGGUUGAGAUUAGGAAGCAACAACAACAGUCUUUGAGUGAUGUGAAGAAAUCAAAGAGAAGCAUCAACAUCUCUGCUUUACCAACACAACCUCUGAGGAAAGUCCGGAUCAUUGUCAACGAUCCUUACGCUACUGAUGACUCCUCCAGCGACGAGGACGAAGCGAUGAUCAAGCCACGUAGAGUCAAACGCAUUGUCCGUGAGAUCAACUUCCCGUCCGUGGAACCGUCUGUUGUGUCUCGUGUGGAGCCAUCUCCGAGCUCUUCUCAGGACAGUACCAAAACCAGCAAGAAAGCUGUUGCAGCUGUUGCGACAGGAACUGGAGCUGCUCUUCGGUCUAAGAAGCCUGUUGGAGUUAGGCAGAGGAAAUGGGGGAAAUGGGCUGCUGAGAUUAGAAAUCCACUCACUAAAGUGAGGACAUGGUUGGGUACUUUUGACACUGAAGAAGAAGCUCAUCAAGCUUACAAAGACAAGAAGAAAGAGUAUGAUGCUCUUGUCUCUCCUCCAACAACAACAAGAACUAGUUCUGUCUCUGUCUCUGUCUCUGAGAAACCUGUCUCUGUCUCUUCGUCUGAGACUAGUCAAUGCUCUCGCUCUUCUCCUCUUGAGCAAGACACUUCAGCGUCUAAAGAAGAGAUCAAGAUCACUACUACUACAACAACAACAACUGUUGUUACUACUACGGAGUGUGUUGUGGAAUCGAGCAAGGAUGUGUUGUUUGAUUUCGACUUCUCUGAUCUACAGAUUCCUGAUCUUAGCUUCUUCUCUGAUGGACCAAUUGCUGAUGGAGGAACAGGUGGUGAUGCUCUUAACUUUGACUGUUUCUUGUCUGAUGAUCGUCUUGAUGACUUCGGCUUGCUUGAUGAUAUCAAUGGGUUUGAAGACAGUGGUCCUAGCGAGCUUCCGGAUUUCGACUUUGCAGACAUUGAUGAUCUUGAGCUAGCUGAUUCGAAUUUCUCCUUCUUGGAUCAGAUUGCGCCUCUCAACAUCCCUUCUUGCCCCAUGAAAAGUUUUGCAGCUUAA